ACGAGCUAUCAGACCCGACCCGUCCCAACAGGUAGCACCGUGCGCGUUCCGUGCGUCUAUUGCGCGCUCUCGUCGACGCACGUCAUCCGACUCGCUUCUCGCGCGCUGGUUAAAAAGAAGACGGAGACGCAUCGGAACAAGCACGUGAGCGCGCGGAAGAAUCGGAGCAUCGCGUGUGUGAGAGAGAGACAGAGAGAGAGAGAGACGACUAAACUUUUUUUUUUUUUUUUUACGCGCUGCUUAAACGGGAUUUAACUUGAGGUUAUUUAUCCGGAUGAAUAUGCUACACGUUUUAAAGCUUGUUACAGUAUGAUAAAAGAACACGUUUUACACGUGUCGGGACUGCACUUGUAGCCUUAUUUAUUCCCGUGAAGUUGCUGGGUGUUUGUUUGUUUGUUUGUUUGUUUGUUUCCCCUGCCUUUGAUGUACACUUAAUUUUUGUUACAAAGUUACUUAACACAUCAAUCAACAGAAGAUUGUAUACAUUGUUUUUUUUGGGGGGGGAGGAGGAGGAAACUUUUCCUUUAAAAUCAGAAACAUCAAAGCAACCCUUUGAUCUCAGAGCCGUUAUAUAUAAAGAUACAUUUCUCUCUAUAUAUAGAGAGAGAGAGGGAGAGAGGGAGAGAGAGAGUGAGAGAUUAUUUAUUUCCCUGCCAUGAGGCAUCUGAAGUUCGUGCUCGUGUUGGUGAUCGCCGUGGCCGACCUGUGGGAGUGCGCGGACGCCAAGUGGGGCGACAAGGGCGAGCUGAGUCCGCGGAGGCGGAGAUGCUACGACGGGAGUCUGCCGAGGCGCCUGAAGAAGAAGGAGCGCAAAGCACCCGGCGGCGGCGUUGGAGACGUCUGCUCCGCGCUCUACCCGCGCGCCUCGUGCUGCCCGAGCCGCAGAGUCCCGCACCGGACAGACCCCACGAUCUUUUCCACCAAUAACACGGAGUGUUCCAGACUGCUGGAGGAGAUCAAGUGUGCCCGCUGCUCACCAAAUGCCCAGAUGCUCUUCCACUUAUCCGAACAAGAGUCAGCACGACACCAUGAACCAGAUCUGCCCCGUCUUUGCCUCGACUACUGCCAAGAGUUCUACUAUACCUGUAGGGGGCACGUACCAGAGCUGUUCCAAGCCGAUGUAGACGAGUUCUGCCAAUACUACGGGAGGAGGAACGGGGGCCUGUGCUUUCCCGAUUUCCACCGAAAGCUACUGCGCGGGCAGGAUUCCAACUACUUGGGAGAUGAGAGAAUCGACAGGAAGCAUAAGCACAACUGCUACUGCGCUCAGGAGAUCUUGAGUGGACUACGUCAGCCGGUGGCCGUGGUGCAUUGUGGGGAUGGCUCGCAGCGCCUUUUCAUUGUGGAGAAGGAAGGAUUUGUGCACAUCCUCACCCAUGAUAUGGAGCUUCUUAAAGAGCCAUACCUGGACAUCCACAAGCUAGUGCAAACUGGGAUCAAGGGAGGAGAUGAAAGGGGCUUGCUAAGCCUGGCAUUCCACCCCAAUUAUAAGAAAAACGGCAAGCUCUACGUCUCCUACACGACCAACCAGGAGCGCUGGGCUAUCGGCCCUCAUGACCACAUUCUCCGUGUGGUCGAGUAUACAGUGUCCAGGAAAAACCCCAACCAGGUGGACACUAGGACUUUUCGGGUCUUAAUGGAGGUGGCCGAGCUCCACAGGAAGCACUUAGGCGGGCAGUUGCACUUCGGACCUGAUGGGCUAUUACAUAUCUUUCUGGGUGAUGGGAUGAUCACUCUGGAUGAUAUGGAGGAGAUGGAUGGAUUGAGUGACUUCACUGGAUCAGUUCUGAGGGUAGAUGUCGACACGGAUCACUGCUCCACACCCUAUGUCAUACCAGGAGACAACCCGUACUUCAACAGCACCAAUCAGCCACCAGAAAUCUUCGCCCAUGGACUGCAUGAUCCUGGCAGGUGUGCGGUGGAUAAACUUCACAUGGACACCAACGGGAGCCUCCUGAUCUUGUGUACCGAUACGACAGGAAGAAACACAACAACCGGAAGAAUCCUGCAAAUCAGCAAAGGAAAAGAUUACGAAAAUGAACCAUCUGUUUUUGACCUGGAGUCCAGCAGUGGUGCACUUCCAGUUGGUGGAUUCAUCUACAGAGGCUGUCAAUCAAGAAGACUUUAUGGAAGUUACGUGUUUGGUGACAAAAAUGGGAAGCUCAGAAUACUCCAGAGACCAUCAGAGGACCGGCCAUGGCAAGAAAAGCCAUUCUGCCUUGGAAGUAGAAGUUCGUGCGGUUCCACCUUGGUUGGACAGAUCUUGGGAUUUGGAGAGGAUGAACUAGGUGAGGUCUACAUCUUGACAUCCAGCAAAAGCUUACCCAUGCAGUUACACAGUGGGAGGCUUUACAAAUUGGUGGACCCCAAAAGGCCUCAGGUACCCAAAGAAUGCCGGCGGCCAGUAGAAGCUCCAGAGAUGCUGAGCAGCUCCUGUUCUCGGGAAUGCAGAAAUGGCCACUGCACUCCUACGGGCAAAUGCUGCUGCAACCAUGGCUGGGAGGGUCCCUCCUGCUUACGAGCCAAGUGUGAACCUGCUUGCCGAAAUGGUGGCGUCUGCAUCGAACCCAACAAGUGCUUCUGUAAGGAAGGCUUUUCCGGGGCACAGUGUGAGAAAGGGGAGCGAGGCACCCAGGAUGAUCGUGACAAAAGUGGCAUUUUGGAUCACAUCAUUGACAUGACAUCAUAUCUGCUGGACUUCACCAGCUACAUUGUCUAGAUCGGGCAGGAUGACUGCAAUCCUCUACUCUGGUCUGAAGGCGGAAUUUUAAGGAGGCCUUUUGGAGGGUUUGCCUUCAGGACAUCAACACCCCCCAACCUCCAACCUGCAUCCCAACUUCAUUACCAUCACUGACUGCCCACACAUAUGGUGGACCAUCAUUGGACCACUAAUGCUGGUAUUUACUCCCAAAUUUGCUCGAUGCAUUCAAUGCAAUCCUUGUUGUUUGGGUAAACCAUGAGGACUCAUUAAGCAAGUUCCAUUUUUUUUUUAAAUUAAAUUAUUGACAAAGAUCCCACACUGAGAUUUAGAGCAAAUAACAUUGUUCCAGAAUUAUAUUUCCAUGUUUUGCUCCACAUUUCCGAUAUACAAGCACUGUCCCAUGCAUCACAUUACACACACUGUGGUACAAAUGGGUAUUCAGGAGAAGCCUUUACACAAUGCUAAAGGGUACAGCACUCAGUGUUUUAGCUAUAACUUUGCUGUGUAUACGUCAGGACUCAGUCCUUAUUUCUGCUUUUAAAGCUCGCCAGUGAAAAGGACUCUUCAGUUGCCUUAAAAUCACUGGAACUCAGAAUCUAAGCUCAGUUUUCACAGUUUGUACAAACGGCUGCAAACUUACUGUGUAGCCAAGGAAAGACAAAUCUACGAAAUCAAGACCUAAAAUCAAGGCUCAAACUGGGAAAUCAAAUGGACAGUCAAAAUGACUGAACCUUGCCACAGGAAGUCAUAAUCGCCCUGGAUCCAUCACCUCAACCAAAGGCCAAGUCGAAUAAUCAAUGUGUGAACAGAAUGCUUUAUCAAUUCAUUGGAGAAAUCUCACUUUUUCCUACUCACCAUUAUGAUAUAUAAAAAGGCUGAUGACAAAACAUAAAAAAACCAUUGUAACACCAGCAAUAGUCAUGGAUUCACGUAGUUGGGACUUGAUGCCAGUCUGUUUAUAGUUUCUUCUGCAAGGCCAUUAAUAACUUUUGCAAAAAAAAAAGGUUUUAGUAAAUUUUUUUGAAAAAAAUCAGUUCAACCCUAAAGACAGCUGCAAUCAGUGUUUUGUAUAACAAUAUAGUUGCAAAUCAAGGUUGUUGGUUUUUUUUUUAAACGAUGGUCACUUUGAUUCCAAUAUUUCUACCAACUUUUUUUAUACAUAUAUAUUAUAUAUCUUUUUUUUCAUGACCAUGCACGCUGCUUUCAAUAUAAAUAAUGUAUCAUAGAUUUACAUACAUUUCAUUAGGUUCAUGUAUGUCAUGUUGUUCCUGUUUGAAUUUUCAGCAAAAAACCCAGCUAGCUUUGUAUAAAUCAAGCACGUCAGACCAUUUUCACAUCGUUUUUUGAGCUAGUUACACUGCCACGAGUAUAAAAAAUAUAUAAUAUUAACAAAUAAUAGAUUACCAGCAUUCACUGGGAUCUUGUUUUAUCUAUCAAUCAACGAUCUGUGUCUUUUUUUUUU